AUGACCAAAAGCAGGAAAAAGGCAGGGAAAAAGCAAUGCAAAGGCAGGGGCAAGGCAGGGGCAGGGGCAAGGGCAAGGGCAAGGGCAAGGGGCAAGGGCAAGGGCAAGGGCAAGGGCAAGGGCAAGGGCAAGGGCAAGGGCAAGGGCAAGGGCAAGGGCAAGGGCAAGGGCAAGGGCAAGGGCAAGGGCAAAGGCAAAGGCAAAGGCAAAGGCAAAGGCAAAGGCAAAGGCAAAGGCAAAGGCAAAGGCAAGGCAAGGGUAGUAUGGUUGGGCAAGGUAAGAUAGGAUGUAGUAGGGCAAAAUAGAUAAAUUUUUAUUGUUUUUGAUCAUAAUUAACAAGAUAUUAUUACACUGAAACAAAUCUGUAGAUCAAACUACAUUUAUUCUGCUCCGAAUCGAUGUUGUUUCGUAGCCAAAAAAAGAUUUUUUCUUUUAUUUUUUCUAACGUUAGCUGAGCGCAUAAAUGUUGUAGUUAAUGUUUUUCGCAGUCUUGAAGCUCUCAAAAGCGUCGAAUUCGACGAGAUAUUGUAAGGUUUACAACUUUUAAUUUAUUUUUUAAAUUGGAGUCAAUUUUUUAUUUUAAAAUUUAAAAUUUUGAUGUAAAAUUAUAUUUUGUCCUUACCUUGCCUCUGCCUUGCCUUAGCCUUGCCUUAGCCUUGCCUUGCCUUGCCUUGCCUUGCCUUGCCUUGCCUUGCCUUGCCUUGCCUUGCCUUGCCUUGCCUUGCCUUGCCUUGCCUUGCCUUGCCUUGCCUUGCCUUGCCUUGCCUUGCCUUGCCUUGCCUUGCCUUGCCUUGCCUCUGCCUUGCCUUAGCCUUGCCUUAGCCUUGCCUUGCCUUGCCUUGCCUUGCCCUAGCUUUGCCCUAGCUUUGCCCUAGCCUUGCCCUAGCUUUUCUAGCUCUGCCCUAGCUCCGAAACCUAGACCCAAGCCCCAGCCCAGAACACUAACCUUGUCCUAACUUUACCCUAGCCUUUGCCCUAGCCUUGCUUCAGCCUUCUCUUGAGUUGCCCGUACCUUGUUUUUUCUUGGCUUCGCUUCGCCCCUGUCUUGGCUUGCCUUGCCGUCUCAUGCUUUUCCUACUCCUAGCUCUUGCUUACCCUACCUUUCUUUAACUAAAAAUUACCAAAUUAUUUACAUUUCGUCCACUUUAUAUUGAUUUUUCUUUACUUUUCAGUUUCUUCAUUCCAAAAUAUGGUGAAGCUUCUAACUGUUCGUCAAAUCAACGAUAUCUUGAUUAGGCACGUUGAGAAUCAGAACCUCAAUAAUGGAAAGGCUUUUAAACCAAAAGAUGUAGAAUAUACACCAAAAGACUCGGCUUCGUCUUGUAUCAUACCCUUAGGGUCGGAUCCUUCAAUUCGGAUAUUUUACCGAGGGAAAUCAGAUCAGACUAGAUUUGGGAAGAUUUUAGAGGAUUUGGACACUUUUGCUGGUAAUUUUUUAAAAUUAAAAUUUUUUAACUUAAAGUUUCAAAUUUUCGGUAGGAACUAGGGUACGGCGAAGCCUAGGGCAUUUAUAUGGUCCAACGCACAGUGGGACCUAACAUCUUAUAGUAAAUUUGACCCUAGACUACAGUAAGAGCUAGAAUAUCGCAAAGCUUCUAGUACAAUUAGGCCCAUUGUUGUGUAAAGUACAGUACGGUAAGGCAUAAGCCACAGUAGGUCAUGGGGUACGGGAGGACUUAGUUUAAAGUGCAAUAAAGCAGAGUAGGAUACAGUAAUGCAGAGUAUGGUAGGAUUUAAAAUACGUUUUUUUCUACAGUACUAUGACUAUUUUCAGUAUGGCUAGCCUACAAACAUAACCAAGGCCCAGAUGUUCCUAUGGGAAUGCCAAAUCACAUUCCUUUUCAUGCUGUCACUGCUUGUGUCGACAAAAUUGGUAAGCCACUUUUCAACUGAUAGUACUGUAUCAGACAAAAUAUUAAAAAUCGAUGUUUUAGAUCUCAAACACCGUACCAUAAAAUCAGAUUUGGACAUAUUGAUGACCGGUCUAGUCACCUGGGUAGGUCGCUCAUCCAUGGAAAUUACUAUGCAUUUGAGUCAGAAAUACGCUGAAAAGGAAUAUAGGUAAGAAACAAAAUUGUACUCUUUACUGAAAAGGUGUACAAGUGUUAGUACUUUUGGCAAAACUUAGAAUUACCUUUUAAGCCUAUUUUUUUGUUAUACAGCUUUAUAAAAAGCUAUUGUAGAAACGUCCUAACGGCCAAAUUUGUAAUGGUAACACUUGACCCAAAAAGUCAGAAAGCUGUCUCAAAUGUGCCAUUGAAACUGAAAACAGACAGAGAUCAAAAACUGUUCGAAAAAGGAGAAUGUAAGUGGUUCUUCAGCCUUCUUUUACCUUACCUUUCCCUAUCAUACCUUAUCCUACCUACCCAACCCCACCAUACUCUACCCUAACCUCUAACAGCCUAACCUACCCUACCCUUUGCUUUACCUCAUCCUUCAGAUGCCAAACAAGUCCGCAAGUCCCGAGAAGAAAUGUCAUUGUACAAAAACCCACCCACAGAAAUUGAAAGAGCCAUGUUGCACGACCUAUUCUUAAAGACGAUGGAUAAGAAAAAUAACUUACAUGGCCGUUUACCACCCGGUCAUGUUUGGAUGAACGAUGCUAAAGUUGAGAAUCUGAUUAUAUGCUUUCCUGUUAAGAGGAACAUGUACGGAAAGAUUUUUGGUGGAUACUUGAUGAGGACGGCCUUUGAAACGGCUUUUGCUAAUGCUGCUUUGUUUUCGUGAGUUUGUGUUUCAUAGUUGACAAAAUGAUGACUUAAAAUUUCCAUAGAACAACCUAUCAUAAUAUUACACUUGACUCUUGUAAUUUAUUUUCUUGCCCUUGGUAAUUAAUAUUCUCGCCUAUCGUAGUUCGUUAUGUAAGCAACUCAACAACCCUUGCAACUACAAAUAAAGCAACACGUUUCAGAAAAUCCUUGCCAGAUAUAAUGGCGGUAGAUUCAGUAGUAUUUAAAAAAGGAGUUGAAAUCGGGUCCCUAUUGCUCCUUCAAUCUCAAGUUAGUUACUCAUCAGACUGCUUUAUGCAACUCGCUGUAUCAGCACACGUUGUUGAUAUCAACAGUGGAGAGUCGGAAACAACCACAACGUUCCAGUUUACAUUCCGAACUGACAAAACCGUACCAGUCGUACUACCUCAAACCUACUCGGACGGAAUGACAUAUCUGAACUCACGAAGGCAUUUUAAUUCUAGUGCUCAUUUGUAA